ACCUUCAUAAGACAGUUUCUCUCUCUCGGUAAUAAAAAAAAAAACGUCUUGCGAUAAUCAAGUCGGUUAUCAGUGUCCGCUGUCGAAUUUGAAAUCGGAAUAUUUGGCAGUGUAACGAUCAAAGAUCAUCGAACGUAAAUAAAAAACUAUUCCUCUGGGGUGAUUCUGUGUACAUUUGACUGUUUACCAGCAUAAUAAUAAUAACAGUUGUAAUCAAGUGUAGAAUAUAUGAUGUAAGUCGGUAUCAAUGAUCAACACCCCCACUUAGUAAACGCUAGACAUAUGUUAAAAGAAAACAACGAGUCUGAUUUGUAAAUUUCCGGAAAACCGUUAGCACGCAAAAGAAACCCCACGACCAUUGGACUCCGGUCUUCUAGUCUGUUUCAUCAGAGAGCAUAUAAAAGACCGAAAACGAUUGGCAAAAUGACGACACACGGGUGGAACGUUGCCAGACAAUCAUUUAUUAGUAAAGGAACUAGAUGUGUACUAGAACCUGAUAAAUUAACACGAAGUUUUCAUACUUUACACAGAAGUUCGUUGGAUUAUUCAAAGUUAUUACGGAUAACUGACAUCGCUGCUGGAAAAUCUGUUAUUAAAUCUUCGAGAUUUUCUAUUUUCACAUAUCGUGUUUAUAAUAAAACAAAUAAAUCAUCCAAAAUGCCUUAUUGGAUAGACCAAUUUUACCCUCAGGUGAAAAACCUGAUGGCGACUCAUGCGACUGAAAGCAAGGACUCAAUUGAUCAAGUCUACAGUAAAAUUGGUGGUGUACCGAUUAUUUCAAAAUUGACAUCACCACUUGCACCGAAGGUGUUGACUUAUGUUGAAGACUGCGUCAAACUUUGCAAGCCUGAUGCGGUUUACAUUUGCAAUGGCAGUGAAGAAGAAAAUGAAUUGAUGCUCAAACUGCUGCAAGCGAAUGGAUCUAUUGUGCCAUUGCCAAAAUAUGAAAACUGUUGGUUGGCACGAACAAAUCCAGCCGAUGUUGCACGUGUGGAAAGCCGCACAUUUAUUAGCACUGCAACUAAAGCCGAAACUAUACCAACUCCACGUGAAGGAGUAAAAGGACUUCUCGGAAAUUGGAUUAGUUUUACUGAUAUGGACGAAGCGAUUUCUCAGCGAUUUCCUGGUUGUAUGAAAGGCCGCACUAUGUACGUAAUUCCAUUUAGUAUGGGACCGGUUGGAUCACCACUUUCCAAAAUAGGAAUAGAAAUCACUGACUCAGUCUACGUUGUUUGCUCAAUGAGAGUAAUGACUCGAAUAGGUACAGGAGUCCUUGACGUGCUUGGAAAAACUGACUUUGUUAAAUGUUUACACUCUGUGGGAUCUCCCAAUGAAAAUUCAAAAGUUGAAGUUAAGAAUUCAUGGCCUUGUGAUCCAGAGAGAACAAUUAUUCUUCACAAACCAGCAAAUAAUGAGAUUGUAUCUUACGGAAGCGGUUAUGGAGGCAACUCUUUGUUGGGAAAAAAAUGUUUCGCUCUUAGAAUCGGGUCUACGAUUGCCAAAAAAGAAGGCUGGCUUGCUGAGCACAUGCUGAUCUUGGGCAUAACGAAUCCCAAAGGCGUAAAACGUUACAUUGCCGCGGCGUUUCCAAGUGCCUGUGGAAAAACUAAUCUUGCAAUGAUGCAGCCAACGUUACCCGGUUUCAAAAUUGAAUGCGUUGGUGACGAUAUUGCUUGGAUGAGAUUUGAUAAACAAGGCCGUCUACGAGCUAUAAAUCCAGAAAAUGGAUUCUUUGGAGUUGCUCCGGGUACAGCGACAGCGACAAAUCCAAAUGCCAUGAAAACAAUUUUCAAAAAUACAAUAUUUACUAAUGUCGCGCUUACAAGCGACGGUGGAGUUUUUUGGGAAGGAAUGGAAAAUGAAAUAGAUAAAGACAUUGGAAUAACUGAUUGGCAUGGAAAUCCAUGGUCACGCGAUUCAAAAACACCGGCUGCGCACCCAAAUUCUCGAUUCUGUACUCCUGCGUAUCAGUGUCCCAUAAUCGAUCCCGCUUGGGAAGAUCCUGAGGGAGUUCCUAUUGACGCCAUUCUUUUCGGAGGUCGCAGACCUGAAGGAGUUCCACUUGUUUAUCAAGCGCGAAAUUGGCAACAUGGAGUUUUUAUCGGAGCUUCGAUGAGAUCAGAAGCUACGGCAGCUGCUGAACAUAAAUCCAAAGUAAUAAUGAAUGAUCCAUUUGCGAUGAGACCUUUCUUUGGUUACAACUUCGGUCAUUAUUUGCAACACUGGCUCAGUAUGGAACAGGUAAAAGACGCGCAACUACCGGCUAUUUUCCACGUCAAUUGGUUUAGAAAAGACGGAAGCAACAAAUUCCUAUGGCCAGGUUUUGGUGAAAAUUCACGGGUACUCGACUGGAUUUUACGUCGAAUAGAAGGUGAAGAUAUUGCUAAUGAAUCAGCUAUUGGGCUCAUUCCGAAAGAGGGUACACUCAAUACUGCAGGUUUGAAAGACAACGUUAACUUUGAAGAAUUAUUUAGAUUACCAAAAGAUUUUUGGGAAAAAGAAGCUAGAGAACUGAGAGAUUAUUUUGAUGCUCAAGUUGGAAACGAUCUUCCAGCGCCGAUAUUAACUGAACUGAACAAUCUCGAAAAAAAUAUUUCGAAGAUUAAUUGAAAGAUUUUACAUAUAUGGGUAAAUUUUUAUAGAUUUUUAUGACUACAUUCCAAACAAUUAUGAAAAAAAUUACUUCUGUAUGUAUAUUCUGUAAAUAGUAUUAUUAAAACGAUAUAUUUUAUUGAAAAAAA